UAAAAAUUGACAGCCUUACCACAUGCUCACUCUCUUUCAAGCACCCUGAAGAACAAAACCCAAUGAAGCCAAUGCCGAGCACCCUGCACGCCAGCUGAAGUAUCCCAAAAAGUUUUUCCCCCUUUGUUGAGCUGUUGAAGAUCAGUAGGAGUUAAGGGGGAGGGAAAGAGGCCAAGUGAUCAAGUGACAAGUGGAGACCAAGACGCAAGAAGGUUCAAUCAGAUGACCAUGGAAGGGGUGAGGAGGUAUUGUCUCUGCGCCAGCCAUGGUUUCUUCCUGCUCGUACUUCCCCCCAGCUUGUUCUUCUUUCACCAUGCGCCCAUGGCUGCCGCCGCCGAUGCCCCGCCUCCCCUUCCACCGCAGAAGGCGCAGGACAUCUUGAUAAAUCUCUCGAGCGUCGUGGGUACCAACAGGUGGAACUCCAGCACACCUGUAUGCGACUGGACUGGAGUUACCUGCACGCGUUCUGGGUCCGGUUCUUCCUUGGCGGUAACCAACAUCACUUUGUCCAACUACGGCAUCUCCAACCGCUCCAUCUUUGCCUCCAUAUGCCCUAUUUACACCUUGCAGUCCCUUGACCUCUCAAGAAAUUCCUUCACCGAUUUGGGGGACCUAUUAUCCACCUCUUCUUGCCGCAUGAAGGAAGGACUGCUGUCCCUUAAUCUGAGCAGUAACAAGUUAUCUCACAGGCUCAGUGAUUUGUCGGGUUUUCCACAGUUGGAGGUUCUUGAUUUGUCCUUUAAUCUUUUUCCUAGUGAAAAUUUGAGCGCAUAUUUGGGUUCUUUUCCCAGAUUGAGGAGCUUGAAUCUUAGCUCUAAUAAAUUGAUUGGUGAUAUUCCUGUCAGUAUGGCCGGCUCUUUGGCUGAGUUGGUGCUAUCUGGUAAUCAAUUCAGUGGUUCAAUUCCUCUAGCUUUGUUUAAUUAUGGAAAUCUCUCGUUGCUGGAUCUCAGCCAGAAUGAUCUGAAUGGUGCUGUCCCAGAUGAGUUCAAGAGUCUCCCCAAGCUACAGACUUUGCUCCUUUCAGGAAAUAAUUUGAGUGGCAAAAUACCACCGAGUCUGAAUGUGACAACACUGACUCGGUUUGCAGCUAACAAGAACUCCUUCUCUGGUUUGAUCCCUACCUGGAUUACCAAGAACGUCAGAAUGUUGGAUUUGAGUUAUAACCAUCUUAACGGGAGUAUCCCACCAGAUUUCCUCUCUCAUCCUGGGUUGCAGAGCGUUGAUCUUACCAGUAACAUGCUUGAAGGGACUAUUCCCAAUAGCUUAUCUCGAAGCCUCUUCCGGUUGAGGCUUGGUGGAAACAAGCUUGGUGGGAACAUACCAAACUCCAUUUGUGAUGGCAUGAGCUUGGCUUAUCUUGAGUUGGAUAACAAUCAGUUGAUGGGAAAUAUACCUUCAGAACUUGCUAAAUGCAAAAAAUUGUCUUUGUUAAAUUUGGCUUCAAAUCAGUUACAGGGUCCAUUGCCUGAUGGAAUCAGUAGCCUUGAAGAGCUAGUGGUUCUGAAGCUUCAAAACAACUCUCUCAACGGACAUAUCCCGAAUACAUUUUCUGCAAGCCUGAGCACAUUGAAUCUUAGUCAGAAUUCAUUCACUGGACAGAUACCAAGCAGAGUUUUCGAGCUGCAGAAGCUCUCCACCUUGGAUUUGCAUGGCAACAAUAUCGGCGGUGGCAUUCCAAUUUCAAUCAGCUCAUCUGUGUCUCUAAUUGAGCUCAAUCUGGGGUAUAAUGCUCUGACUGGUACCAUCCCAACAAUGGCUACCACUUUAAGAACUUCUCUUAAUCUUAGUCACAACUAUCUCAGUGGAUCUAUUCCUUCAAAUCUUGGCUCUUUAAUUGAAUUAGAGAUUCUUGAUCUUUCAUACAACAACCUGUCUGGUGAGGUGCCAUCUUCACUGGGGAGCAUGCAAAGCUUGACACAGCUGGUGCUUUCUUAUAAUCAUCUUUCUGGGUCUGUUCCUAGAUUCCGUCAAGAUGUGGAAAUCGAUAUAGAGGGGAAUGCUGAUCUUAUAAAUGGUAACGGAAACGAUAAUAGUAUUUCUACUACUGGUAAGAAAAAACCGCACAAUGCUGUCAUCAUCAUCUUCACUAUUGCCGGUGCUGUUUUUGGAUUAUGCAUGCUCGCAGUUAUUGUUACGAUGUCAUUGUCAAAGAGAAUUUAUCGUGCCGAAGGCGAAAGGCGAUCUGCUGGGGAGGGUGUUUCUCAAAUCAUCAAUGGCAGCCUCGUUAUGGACAACCACCAAACCUCUGCAACUGAGUUCAUGAAAGCAAAGCCAGAUAACUGGCAGAUCACACCUUUCCAAGCUCUGAACUUCGAGGUCGCAGAUAUACUCCAGGAACUAACGGAGGAGAACUUCAUCGGCAGCGGCGGCUCAGGGCAUGUGUACCGUGUCACGUACUCCAACCGGUACAACAGCAGCACCGGGGUGGUGGCCGUGAAACAGAUACGCAGCGUUGGGUGGCUGGAUGAGAAGCUGGAGCGUGAGUUUGAGUCCGAGGCGAGCAUCCUAUGCAACAUCCGGCACAACAACAUUGUCAAGCUGCUGUGCUGCCUCUCUAGCUCGGAGUCCAAGCUCCUUGUGUACGACUACAUGGACAACGGCUGCCUGGACAAAUGGCUCCAUGGCAGCGUUGUCCGCUCAGGGCACUCUAUGGCAAGGACACGGUCUGUGCAGCAUGUGCCGUUGGACUGGCCGACGAGGCUCAUAGUGGCUGUCGGGGCCGCGCAGGGGCUGUGCUACAUGCACCACGACUGUUCACCACCCAUUGUUCACCGGGAUGUCAAGACAAGCAAUAUCCUACUGGACUCGGAAUUCCGCGCUAAGGUUGCGGACUUCGGGCUGGCCAGGAUGUUGGUGCGGGCAGGCGAGCCCAACACGAUGUCUGCAGUGGCAGGAUCUUUUGGCUACUUGGCUCCUGAGUAUGCUUACACGAGGAAGGUGGAUGAGAAGGUGGAUGUCUAUAGCUUUGGUGUGGUGCUCUUGGAGCUCACAACCGGCAGGAAGGCCAACGAUGGCAGCCAGCUUGGUUGUCUGGCAGAAUGGGCUCGGCACCACUACCAAUCAGGGGCGAGCAUCCAAGUUGUUAUAGACAAGAGCAUCAGAUAUGCAGGGUACCCUAGCGAGAUUGAGACCGUGUUCAGGGUAGGCGUGCAAUGUACCGGCAUCUUGCCAUCUUCACGUCCAGCCAUGAAGGAUGUGCUGCAGAUUUUGCUCAAGUGCAGCGAGCAGACGCUCCGGAAAAGCAGAAUGGAGUUUAGCAUGGAGUACGAAGCAGCUCCAUUCUUGCUGCCAUAGCGGAGCAGCUGUCGGUAACAGAUGUCCAACGGCAAAGGAAAGAAGUAUCAUUGAAGAGAAGAGUGCCUAUUUCGUUUUCAGAACUUGAUAGGAGUAGGACAUACUUUUCAGUCGAGUUGCAGUAGUAGGCGUGCGUGAGUAUUUUGGAGCCGUUCUUGUAUCCUCUGUUUUUUCACGCUCACUCAACAGCUACAAUCAGGGAAGUUAUGAUCUCAGAGUGAAUUACUGGCUGGUGAUUUAGUUUGAAUUCCGAUCGAGUACUAUCCGUGUGUAUACUGAUU